CGGGAGCAGGGCCGACCCCGGGGAAGGGACCAGUGCCCGCAGCCCCUGCGGCGCCGAGGCCGCGCUGCCGGGCCCGGCGGGGGCUCCGCACCUGCCCCACAGGCCCCACAGGACGGAGCUGUACGAGGACCCCCCGUCAGGAUGUUGGCCUAUCGUGUAUUCUCCAGACUACAACAUCACCUUCAUGGGACUUGAGAAACUGCACCCCUUCGAUGCAGGGAAAUGGGGAAAAGUAAUCAAUUUCUUGAAAGAAGAAAAACUAAUUGCAGAUGACUUGGUUGUACAGGCACGGGAGGCGACUGAUGAAGAUCUGCUGGUGGUUCACACGAGGCGCUACCUGAAUAGAUUAAAGUGGUCCUUUGUUGUGGCUACCAUCACAGAAAUCCCACCUGUUGCCUUUCUUCCCAAUUUUGUUGUUCAGAGAAAAGUUCUGAGGCCUCUACGAACCCAGACGGGAGGAACAAUAAUGGCAGGAAAACUGGCUGUGGACAGAGGCUGGGCCAUCAACGUGGGGGGUGGUUUCCAUCACUGUUCCAGUGACAAAGGUGGAGGGUUUUGUGCAUAUGCUGACAUCACACUGGCCAUCAAGUUCUUAUUUGAGAGAGUACCAGGGGUGUCUAAAGCCACAAUUAUUGAUCUGGAUGCUCAUCAGGGAAAUGGCCAUGAGAGGGACUUUAUGGAUGAUCCUCGGGUGUAUAUUAUGGAUGCCUACAACAGAUACAUUUAUCCAGGGGAUGGCUUUGCUAAACGUGCCAUAAAACGCAAAGUGGAGCUGGAGUGGGGCACAGAGGACACAGAGUACCUUCAGAAGGUGCACACCCACGUGGAGGGAGCACUGAACGAGUUCAAACCUGACAUCCUGGUUUAUAAUGCUGGCACUGACAUCCUGGAUGGGGAUCCCUUGGGAGGCCUGGCCAUUUCCCCCCAGGGCAUUGUGAAGAGGGACGAGGUGGUGUUCAGGGCCGCGCGGCGCCGCAGGAUCCCCGUGCUCAUGGUGACGUCCGGCGGGUACCAGAAGAGGACGGCGCGGAUCAUCGCCGACUCCAUCCUCAACCUGCACAGCCUGGGGCUCAUCCACGGCCAGCUGGCAGCCAGGGGGGCUGCACACCCCAGCCUGGAGCAGAUGGUCAGGGACUCUGCAAAAGACUUGGGCAACUUGUCCCUGCAGUGAUGAGUUCCCAGUUUUAGUGCAAUAACCUGGCAGAGCCAGCUCGGUCUAACUCCUGCAUCCGUCCCGGGAAAGGCAACACGUCCUUCUAAGCUAACAGACCUGCACUCAGAGGUACUGUCUUUGUGUCUGACAUUGCUGUAGAAAGCUUUACUUGCCUCUCUGAUUGCUGUUAUGUUGAAAGAACUAUGCAGUUGGCAUCCAAAGACUGCCCCAGACCUGUUUCAGAUGGUGCGGCUUUGUCUGUGUGUGGGGGAAAUAUGGACUAAACCCACUGUUUCUUGGGUUUUUUUAGAUACUGCAUUUUAUUUAUUGCUUUUUUAAUGGGAAUGUUGUUGUAAAACAUGUUCUGUGCAGACUUCAGUGUCAGUUUAACACUAAAGUUAAGUGCAAUACUGUAAAAACCAGUGCAGUUGGAGGGCUUUGAAACCAUAGCCUGUAAGAAGGAAAGGCCAUUAAUUUAUAGUUUAUUCCUGUUGUUGAUAGUGACUUAAAUCUUACUUAUAAGCACCUUGAAAAAUAGAAUAGGAAACACCUUUGGCUCUAUAUGCAAAUGAGCCAUAAGGGCUCAACAUGAACAGUCUGGUGUUUGCCUCUCUUAAAAUGAGCCCUGCAUGUGAAAGGGAAUAGUUCCUGUGCAUUGUGACUCACAGAGUAAAGAAACUACAGGCAAAUCAAAGCUAAUGGUAGAGUUCUGAGCAGCCUUGCAGCAAAAACUAUGUAGAAAUUCAGGUUAUCUCCACUAUUUCCAGCUUGGCAUGUAUAAAACAGUGAUGGGUACGUUGAAAUUAUUUUUUUCCCCGACUAGUGCUGUGUUUUUCACCUGCUCAGAGAGUAAUGGUACUUGUAGUUGCAGUCGUAGUUGGUAAGCAAAUUGUUCAUUAUUAUUGUUCAUCUAAAAAUACAGUGGCAUUUCUACAUGAAGUUAAUGUGCUAACUUUAUAUGGAGCUUCUAGGAGGAUUUGGGAACAAAAUAGUGUAUUCCAAGCAAAUUCAGUGCACUACUUGUAAAGUUUGGCUUUGUUUAAGUUGGUAUAUUUUGCAUUGUAGCAGUGGGUCGUAAAUGUGCUAAACUGCAUAUUUUGCAAGAGCUUUUAUAACUUCUGAAUAUUCACUGAUUUGUACUACAAGUUUCAUGUCGUGUCUAUGUUUGAGCUUUCCUGGGAAGGAACACCAAGAUUUUGCUCGUAGUAGAGUUGCUGUCUAAGCUAUUUAAGGAAUGUUUAAUGCUAAUUAUAAUACUUACCUCACUUAGUGUUCAUGUUUAGAUGGGGUUUGUCAGUUGUAAGAAUUGCACAAUUGCUAUAAAUAUCUGCUUUAAGCCAGAUUUGACAUAUUGCACUAAGCUUAAGUUGCUACACUGGGAUUAAAAAGCACUUUUAAAUUUCUUACUAGAAGGACCAUCAGAGUACGACUAAUGUUGAGAUUUAUUUUUUCUAUACUGUCUGACGUUACUGAAAGAUGUUGUUAUUCUUUCAUAUGAUUUUUAUAAAAUUAUAAAUUACAUUUCUAUAACCUAAACCUGUCAUAGCACCAUAUGGUCUUUCCCCUGAACAUCUUCUGUUUGUGUUAACAUGUUUCUAUAAUUUUCCCUUGGUGGAGAUUAAAAUGAUGUUGAACAAUG